UGUGAAUGAUCUGCAGAUUUCACUUUUGUUUCAUGAAUACAAACCAGCUCUCUCACACCAGGAGGGGGGAGGUUUCCUGCACCUGCCCUGCCCCUCUGUUUCCACCCUCCCAGUAUCCCAGCCUCCAGCCUCCAUCCUCUGCCUUCAUUACGUUCCUCAUCUUACAGCAGCGGGGAUCAGAUUCCUGAGCAGAGUUCAGAACCGGCUGCCCGCUGACACCAUGGCAAAGUUUCUGACUCAGGAUCAGAUUAACGAGUUUAAGGAGUGUUUCUCUCUCUAUGACUGUCAGCGUAAAGGAAAAAUUGAAGCUCAGGAGCUGAUCACAGUGAUGCGAUGUCUCGGGUCAAGCCCCACCCCGUCCGAGGUCCAACGACACCUGCUGAGCCACAGCAUAGACGGGGGCGGCGAGCUCGACUUCUCCACCUUCCUGAGCAUCAUGCACCGGCAGCUCCAGCAGGAGGCGCCGGAGGAGGAGAUCAGGGAGGCGCUGAGGAUGGCGGAUAAGGAGCAGAAAGGAUUCAUCAUGGCGUCCGAGCUGAGAGCCAAACUGACCGGGCUGGGAGAGAAGCUGACGGACAGAGAGGUGGACGAGCUGCUGAAGGAAGCGGGAGUUGGAGCUGACGGGCAGGUUCACUAUGAGCGGUUUGCUAAAGCGGUGACAAAACGCUGACUACGCCACAAACAUCUCCAAACUCAUAAAAAAUAAACGUUUUAAUGAUUUCAA